AAGAGGAGAGAGGAGGGGAGGGAAGGGGGGAAGCCGGACUCCAGCCGGAGCGCUUGCGCAUCGGGGCAGUUGGCAGCGGUGGGGACCCCUCGUCCAGUGGAGCAUCCCGGGGAGCGCCCCCGGGCCCCGAGGAGGAGGAGGAGGGUGGGCAGGGCAGGACUUUUGGGGGACGGUCUCCUCUGGAGCUGCUGUGGGUCUGGCGGCCGGGGGAGGAGCUGGAGCCAGAAGAGCUGGAGCAGCGGCAGCGGCAGCGGCAGCGGCAAGGACAUCCUCCGCCGCAUCCUCAGCUCCUAGCAACGGCCGGCGGCGCCCAAGGCGGAGAUGUCUGUACCGAACGUGUUAGCCAAAGCGCUAUACGACAAUGUGGCCGAGUCCCCGGAUGAGCUGUCCUUCCGCAAGGGGGAUAUCAUGACCGUGCUGGAGCGCGACACACAGGGCCUGGACGGCUGGUGGCUCUGCUCGCUGCAUGGGCGGCAGGGCAUCGUGCCGGGAAACCGCCUGAAGAUCCUGGUGGGCAUGUACGAGAAGAAGUCGGGCGGGACUCCCGGCCAAGGGCAAAUGCAGUCCCCCCACGCCUCCCAGGGGCUGUACUCUGGGCUAUCCCCGGCCUCGCAAUAUGCCCUCAUGCACCCGGCCUACCAGUCCCCGGGGGAAGGCGUCUACCUGAUCCCUACACCCAGCAAGGGCCCGGCGAGUGUCUACCCAGGCACCCCCACCUCCAGCAAGCAGUCGCCGCUCUACCAGACGCAGAGCCCUCACCACCAGGUCCAGGUGUCACAGUCAUCUCUGAACCCAGCCCAGGAGGUCUACCAGGUGCCCUCGGGGCCCGGGAGUCCACCCCAGGAUAUUUACCAGGUGCCGCCCUCCGCCGGGCUGGGCCAGGACAUCUACCAGGUACCCCCGUCCAUGGACGCGCGCAGCUGGGACGGGAUGAAGCCGCCAGCCAAGGUUGUGGUGCCCACGCGAAAGGGGCAGAGCUAUGUCUAUGAAUCGUCCAAGUUGGAGCAGGAUGAAUAUGACAUCCCCCGGCACCUCAUGUCCUCGGGGCCCCAGGAGAUCUACGACGUGCCCCCCCUCAGAGGGCUGCCCACGAGCCAAUACAGCCUGGAGGUUUACGACACGCCACCGCUAGCGGUCAAGGGUCCCAACAGCCGAGACCCAUCCCUGGAGAUCUACGAUGUGCCCCCCAGUGUAGAGAAGAGCCUACCUGGGCAGCUGCAGAACCAUCACGCGGUAUAUGACGUCCCUCCGUCAGUAAGCAAGGAUGUGCCUGACGGCCCCAUCCGGGAGGAGACCUACGACGUGCCCCCCGCCUUCGCCAAGCCGAAGCCCUUCGACCCGUCCCGGCACCCACUCGUCCUCGGCCAUAGCCCCAGCGCCGCUCCCGGCACCACCUCAGAGCCCUACCCCCCAGAAGACGUCUACGACGUGCCGCCUCCCGCUGGCAAGGGCGGCCCCGCGCCCUGCGGCGCACAGGAGAUCUACGACGUUCCCCCCGGCCUGCGCAAGUUGGCGACGGGCGGCCCCCUCUCCACCCCCCAGGACGUGUACGACGUCCCCCGGGACUUGGCGCUGGGAAGCAGCCGGGCAGCCUCCGUGGAAGCGGAGGGAGAGUGCGUUUAUGACGUGCCGCCCCAGGUGGACCGGGAGGCCCGGCCGGGGGCCGACGCCAAGCGCCUCUCGGCCUCCAGCACGGGGAGCACCCGGAGCAACCUCUCCUCCUCCUCUCUGGACGUGGUGCCCACCAGGGAGUCAGCCGCCCUUAAGGCCCCGCUUGCCGGCCAGGAGCCUCUGCCCCUGGACCUGGACGCCGCCAUGGAGGCACUGGUGAAGCUGCAGCACGGCGUGAGCGGUUCCGUCGCCCACCUCAUGUCCUUCGUCUGUGGCGGCUGGCGGAGCCCCGAGCAGAUGGAACGGCAGGCGUCAGGCCUGCGGGAGGCGGUGGAAGGGGUCCGUGCCUCGGUCCGGGAGCUGCUGGAGUUUGCCCGGGGGGCGGUGGGCAACGCCGCCCAUUCGUCGGACCGCAGCCUGCACGCCAAGCUCAGCAAGCAGCUGCAGAAGAUGGAGGACGUGUACCAGGCCCUGGUGAAGCACAGUCAGGCCCUGGACAGCUGCCACUGGGCCAUGAGCGCCCUCGUGGCCGGGGGCCGGCCCGCCGGGGUGGCCGACGACCUCGACCGCUUCGUCACGUGUUCGCGGGGCGUCCCCGACGAUACCAAGCAGCUGGCCUCCUUCCUGCACGGUAACGCCUCAUUGCUCUUCAGAAGGACAAAACUGCCGGGGGGAGACCCCAGGCUCGGCCCGGAGGGCGGGAGCCAGUCCCCCGCCAACCACUCCCACCCCCCACCUCCCGCUGGCCCUUCCGAGAAGGCCAGCAGCAUCCAGUCCCGGCCUCUGCCCUCCCCGCCUAAGUUCACCAGUCAGGACUCACCCGACGGACAGGAUGAGGACAGCGAGGGCGGCUGGUUGGAGGACUACGACUAUGUCCAUCUGCAGGGGAAAGAAGAGUUUGAGAAAACCCAGAAGGAACUGUUAGAGAAGGGCAACAUCAUGCGGCAAGGAAAAGGGCAACUGGAACAACAGCAGCUGAAACAGUUUGAGCGCCUGGAGCAGGAGGUGACGCGCCCCAUCGACCACGACCUGUCUCAGUGGACCCCCCCGCAGCACUACGCCCAGGUGCGGAGCGGGGGCCUGGGCUCCUCGGACCGCCAGCUGCUGCUCUUCUACCUGGAGCAGUGCGAGUCCAACCUGACCACCCUGACCAACGCCGUCGAUGCCUUCUUCACCGCGGUGGCCACCAACCAGCCCCCCAAGAUCUUCGUGGCCCACAGCAAGUUCGUCAUCCUCAGUGCGCACAAGCUGGUGUUCAUCGGUGACACCCUGUCCCGCCAGGCGAAGGCACCGGACGUCCGGAGCCAGGUCACCCACUACAGCAACCUGCUGUGCGACAUGCUCAAGGAGAUCGUCGUGACGACCAAGGCGGCCGCCCUCCAGUACCCUUCCCCGACGGCCGCCCAGGACAUGGUGGACCGGGUCAGGGAACUGGGCCUGAGCACCCAACAGUUCAGGCGGGUGCUGGGGCAGCUGGCGGCCGCGUGAGGAGACUGGGGACGCGCUCCCCCGCCGACCCCCGGCCCCGCCCCACGCGGGCUCGGGCCGCUGCCGGACUCGGGCAGGUGCUUGUGUCUGGUGAGAGAGAGACUGAAUCCAAAGGAAGGAGAGAGAAGCUCCCCGCUCUGCCCCCUGGGUGCUGGAACCCUGUGGUCACGGGCUGUAAAUGAAUCUGUACAUAUUUAAAAUAGCCAAGGAGGCUGAAGGCAGACUUCCUCAGAGGGAUGACCCAAAAAAAGAAGAAAUUCUCCCUCCCACUGCCGUGUGACGACAGACAAGGGUGCAGUUAUUGCACUGGGCUGAGAACGGACUGGGGACGUGAGCUCUCCGGCCACAGCGCGAAGGUGUAUUUUAUCAGAUGGCAGGGCACAGUCAUGGUUUGCGUGUCGCUGACCUGCAUCGAGAGGAAACACUAAAGAACUAUUUUUCGUUAUCGUUUUUCCAAUCAGUCGACUAAUGGCCUUCGUUUAAAUAAAAAAGAAAAAGAAAUCCCAUCGUGUAUGUGAGUAGAGAGAAUGGGCAAGAGCAUUAAAAGCAGAAGGGGAGAAAGUUUGGGACCGUCCCGGUAGCCACUGAGGGGAGAGUGUGGUUAAAGCCUUCAGAUCCCUAAAGGUGAAUCAGUCGAAUGGUAACGGGGUAGGGUGAUGAAACGAGGAAUUCUGGAUGUGGGGAGAGCUUUAGAACACUUGUUUUAAAUUAGAGGGAAAGAGCAUUUGUGUGUGUGUGUGUGUGCGCGCGUGCCCCCGUGCAUGCAUAUGUGUAGCAUCGCCCGUGGGUCCGACGCUGGAUGCUGUCAAGGAGAGGAAGGAAGCUUUGCCUUCCGGGGCGUUUUCUCCAACAGCAGAGAUGCCAAACGAAAUCAAGGCCUUGAAACUGGGGCUGCCCCACUGGGUGCCAUCGGCUUCAUCCUCAGAUGUUUGCCCAUUCAUUUCCCUGAAGUGGAGGAGCAAGGGGGCUUGAAGAUCUGUCUCUCCUUCCUGCAGUGUGGUCGCCGCUGUUGCUACCCUUCAAGGAGGAAGGGCAUUUUGGCCUUGGUAUAGACAACCCAAACCAUGCCAAAUAUCUGCAUACGAUGGGCACUGCCAACUUAGGAUCCAUGGAGCUGAAGGAAGCGCACGAGGCAAAAACGUUGGAGAGGAGGGGGCCCAUUUUGGGGCCCGUUCUCCUCUUUCCCGGGGAGAACUGCAGGCUGUGGGAGGGGAGGGAGUUACCAUCAACCCUGAGCAACUGUCGAGUCUGGGCCAGGUGGCUCCAUGCUGCUCGUGCCCAAGGUGAGCAGCGUGAGGCUUGACCCAUCCUUGACCCAGGUGGUGCUAACCUGAGGGGCCCGGGACGGGACAAGGGGAAGGGAGUCUGUCCGAAGCCAGCAGGUGUUUGUUCUGGGCACUUCUCACCCACGGGGCGAAGAUAAAGCCCUGGUGCCAUAUUGGGAAAUGUGCAGGGUAAGAGUACAGUGGUAGGAUAUUGAUUUAAGGAGAGGAAGAUCUUGCUUAUAGGUUUUGCUUAGGAAGGGCGGAGGCCAGGACGAGCUACCCGCUUCCUGGCUUCUUCUGAGGGUGACUCUGUUCUCAGUGAAUCAAUCGGUGGUACUUAUUGAGCACUCAUUGUGGGCAGGGCACUGUACUAAGCACUUGGAGGGAGCUUCCCAGAUUCCGAGUGAAAAUGACCAUCCCUUUGCUCCGUUUCUUCCGCAUUCCGGUGCUGUAUCCCUAUUUGGCUCGCCAGUUUGUCCAAGGAAUCCCUGGUGACCCCUGAGCUGCAGAGAGGAGCUCUCAGUAGCUUUGUAAGCUGACGGGAACAGGCAGACCAGAAGCACCUUCCUUCUGGUCCCCACGGAAAGCCCGGUUGGAACUUGCCAGCCGGUUUGGGCCAGGUCCAUGCCACGUCACAGCCUAUAAUCUCCUGACCCCCUUUCUGCUGAGGACCAGAAGACUGCCCUGGAGCUCCUCUUUUUGGUUAGGGGACAGGAAUGAUUGGCAGGAGCUGGGGAUUGCUGGUAUGAUUGUGAGAAGGAGAGAUCUUGGGCCAAGGUGGCGGUUGGCGUGUUUGCUAGCAGGAAGGGUGGGAGCAUGUAGGAGGGCAGCCCGGAGCUGGUCGGAGGGAAAGCUGGGGGAAGAGGAGAUAAACUGGACCGGAGCGGUCUGGCCUUAGUGGACGUAGUUGGAAUCGCCUAUUGAAUGGGACGAGGCCAUAGGGGCCUCUACUGUGUGGUUGGAAGCCCUGACUUCAGUUGAUUCAUGAACCUGGCGUGUUAGUGAUGUGGUUGUCGGAGACCCCUGGGGAGAGGAGGAUCUGACUGGGGAGGGGGUGCCUGUUGAAGAACAGAGGGCCUUGCUGCCAGCAUGGGGGAACAACUGGCCUUCCCGGAAAGAGACCCAUGAGAGGAGCACAAGGCUUCUCGGCCUCCGCGGGUUGGACGGGGCCGGAGCUAUGUUCGGUCCUCACGAGGACGACUUGGGAGCUGGGUAUUGGAGUCCCAUUUCGGGGUCUCGGUUGCCCGGGGGGUGUGAUACCAUUUCCCAGGUCUUGCAGUGCCUGCUGCUGCUGCUUCUCACCCAGCCUGGCAGUCGCGGCCUUCAGUGGGCAAGCUAAGGACAUUUCUCUCUGGAAUCCACCCUGCUCGUACCUGGGCUGCCAGGUAGAUGGGGAGACCGUUGUUGGACAUGUGGAAACGGACCUCAGAUAUGAUUGGAAAGAGACUCCAGCCCCAGGCCCGGCAAGGGGAGCUCGCAGCAGUAGAGGAAUUGACACGAGGGGGAAAUUGCCCCCUUUGGCUGAGGGUAAAUUGGAGCCUCAGACAUAGGACCUGAAGCCUUGCAUGUUCCCAUUAACAUGGAAGGCCCAAGGAAGGAGCAUGCAACCAGCUGGAAGCCUAGGCUUUAU